AAAUCAGCAUCCUGCCCAAACGUGUGCACAUCCAAGCUGUGUGGAGAAUAUUUGUCCCAAAUUCCAUUUAAAAGUAUAAAUUCCAUUCUCUCACUCUCUCACCAGCUCCACAGGGAAAGCCUGUGCGAACUGUGUGGAGUUUUCCAAUUUGGAGGACACGCAGAAAAUAGCUUUUUGGUGUUUCAUUUGGAAUUUUCAGUGGGUUUUUUUGUGAAUUGAUAAAAAUAGCCCACUUGGAGGUGUGUGUGAAGAGGUCCAGAAAAAUUUUUUGCGAUCUUCCGAGGCGCAUCGAGAGACUUGAGGAGGUGGCAGAAAAGACGAAAAGUUGUGGGUGGAUUGUGACAGGGAGGAGGGAGAGGAAAAUUUUCCUUCUCACCAAGUGGGUGUGUUACCCGAAAUUGUCGCGAAGCGCAGACAUUUCCACGGUGCAGUGCCAGGAACAGCCCUGAGUGAGGAAGAUGGUGAUGUGAGAAAGCUCCCCACAAAUAUAUUACAGUGCGAUUUUUUUUCACUUACCAUCAUUCUCUUGGGUGGUUUAACAUCUGGAAAAGUGGUGCGCGUCAGUGCGAAGAAAAAUGUGAGGAGAAAAUCCUAAAAGAGAAAAUUUUCAGUGUGGUGGCCCGACAUGUCGAGGCGCAGCUAUAAAAGAAGAUUCAUCUGGACACAGCCGAUUCCCUGAGUAUAUCGGCUGCCUCUUGGCCACGCAUAGAAUUUUUUUUUCGUGCGUUGGCUACUUCUCCGUCCCAGACUUCAAAAGCAGAGCAACACUUCUUUUCUAUCCCAUCCUAUUUGUGAAGGCACAAAGAGCCAAAAAAAAAAGAAGAUAAAAAGAAAAUCCUGCGGACACUCCCAGGAUGACCCCAAGGCCUCCCCAUGGAGCAUCUUAGUGCGUCGCAAUGGCGAGAUUUUUCUGAGGAAGUACGUGAAGAGCUCUGAAAUUUCUCCACCAACUCCUCCGUAUCUCUUCGUAACAUCUCUCCACAAAUGUUAUAUAUCUUCAUAGUACUGCUCCUGGGCUUGGGGUUGUGUGAUGAUCAGCUACCAACAGAAUGGCCAGACUAUGGGCGUCAGGCGAAACCUCACAAUACAGGAGCAGCGCGCCAAAUGUACGGUUCGGGAUCUUUGCGUCCCCCGGGGCCAAUGCCGACGCCGCGACGUCGCGAUCCAGACGAAGGAAGUCUCCAGCCUCCGCGUUUGGCUCACGGUGUCCUCGUCACGAAGCCCCACCAGCAGCCAAGCAACUCAGCUCAGCCCAAUGAUCCAAUGAUACGAAGUGUGGGCGUCCCGAAGCAACCCUACUCCAAUCUCGACCUCUACGGCAUCCGGGACUUUGGGAUACGUCGCGGUGACGAUGGUCGCUCGAGUUUUGGACACCAUCCGGGGGAAACGCACGAGUACGUGCCGGCAAUGCAACAGAUAAAUGUUCAGCACGAACACGACGAACUCAUGAAGCCCGAUGGAGGUGGUGGAGGCAGUGAAUGCAGUCUCCACUGCGAGGAAUGGGAAUUUGCAUGCCCAGAGAGCUGCACAUGUGUGCACAGAGAUACCAGAUGCGACGGCACUGUGGAUUGCGAAGCACAGGAAGAUGAGCUGGAGUGUGAAGACAUCAGCGAGGAGAUUGUUCGGGAGAUUCGGACAAAAUGCGAAAGCACAGGGAUGCACAUCAUGUGCCCACGAACGUACACCUGUAUUGCAAAGGAGUGGCUCUGCGAUGGCGACAACGACUGUGGCGACUAUUCUGACGAGACUCACUGUGGGGCACGGCACAACUGCUCAGAAGAUCAAUUUGAGUGCAUGAAUGGGUUGUGCAUCCAACACACAUGGGUUUGCGAUGGCGAGAAUGACUGCAAGGACUCCUCAGAUGAGCUCAACUGCAGUCGCCUUGCAUGCUCCCCGCAGGAGUUCCAAUGUGCCGAUGGGUCGUGUGUCUCGCAGUCUUUUCGCUGUGACUCGGAUGUUGACUGUGCUGAUGCGAGUGAUGAAGUUGGAUGUGAAUCCCCCAUGGCACUCUGUCCGGAAGGGGAGUUUAGAUGUCGUGGCGCUAUGGGGAGUUUGGGCAGUACAGGUGGUCGGUGCAUUCAGCAGCGCUUUCGAUGCGACGGAGACAACGACUGUGGGGAUUGGAGCGAUGAGGAGGGAUGUCCCCGAAAGGUGGCCAGCUGUGGGGCGAAUGAAUUCAAAUGCGACGACGGGACGUGCAUCCCGGAUCGCUGGCACUGCGACGGAGAGCAAGACUGCGAUAGUGGGGAGGAUGAGAAGAAGUGCACAGAUGGUCCCAAGGAAGCCCAUCGAACGUGUGCGGGGGAUGAGCACACAUGUCGCGAUGGGAGGUGCAUCCUCAAAUCUUGGCUCUGCGAUGGCAUUGCGGACUGCAAACGGGGUGAGGAUGAACUCGACUGCGAGAUUCACUGCGAAAUCGGUCAAUUCUCCUGUCCAGCACACAGGAAUUCUUCAAAUAUUAAAAUCUGCGUGAAUCAGAAGCACGUCUGCGACGGACAGAAUGACUGUCCUGGUGCCGAAGAUGAGCAAAACUGCCCUAAACCCCGUUCCUGCGGUCCCAAUUCAAAGUGCGAGCAACUCUGCAUUACAACAUCCAACGGCAGGGAUGAGUGCUCCUGCCGCGUUGGCUUCAUCCUUCACGCCAAUGGCUACAACUGCACUGAUAUCGACGAAUGCCAGUUUGCAUCGGAUCCAGUGUGCUCACAGAACUGCAUCAAUACCAUCGGCUCUUUCAUGUGUUCAUGUGUCUCGGGCUACGUGCUCCGUCCGGAUUUGCGAACGUGCAAAGCCCUCGGCUCCUCAAUGAAGCUCAUCAUGGCCAAUAGGGCAGAUUUGCGGCAAAUUUCGCUCAAUAAGAAGUACACAUCACUCAUAAAAGGCCUCCACAAUGCCAUUGCCGUUGACUUCCAUUACGCCAAAGGGCUGCUCUUCUGGACGGAUGUUUCCACGGAUGUGAUCAAGGGGGCCUACAUAAAUGGUAGUGGUGUGCGGGAUAUAAUUAAAUGGGGUUUGGAAUCACCCGGUGGAUUGGCUGUGGAUUGGGUGCAUGAUUUGAUUUUUUUCACGGAUUCGGGAACGCGAAGGGUGGAAGUGACGACAUUCGAUGGAGCUCUGAGGGCUGUAAUUGCUGCCAAUGAUCUGGACAAACCACGCGCAAUUGUCGUUCAUCCGGGGGAGAUUCUCGUCUUCUGGUCCGAUUGGGGCCCUAAUCCCAAAAUUGAGCGCUCCUUCCUCGAUGGCUCAGGGAGACAAACAAUUGUGACCGAGGGCGUGUUCUGGCCAAAUGGACUGGCAAUUGACUAUCCCGCUGAUCGGAUUUACUGGGCUGAUGCUAAGCAUCACGUGAUUGAGAGCGCUCACUUUGAUGGGGGUGAUCGGAAGAAGAUCCUUAGCAAUCACCUACCGCAUCCAUUCGCUCUGACAAUCUUCGAGGAUUCCAUGUUUUGGACAGACUGGCACACAAAGAGCAUCAGUACGGCUAACAAAGUUACCGGAAAGGGUUUUAGGACUGUUCAUGAAGGCCUACACUUCCCAAUGGACCUACACAGCUUCCAUCCGGCGAGACAGCCCAACUACACAAGUCGGUGCCAACCUGACAAGAAAGGUCUCAAAGGUGGCUGCAGUCAUCUGUGUCUUCCAAACAAGUUCAGUCGACGAUGCUCAUGUCCAAUCGGUCUCACACUCAAGGAAGAUCAGAGAACCUGCACUUCUGUUCCGGACAAACUCUUACUCAUUGCAAGGAAGAAAGAUAUCAGGCUGCGACAGUUGGAACCAAAGAAUGCUUCCAUUGAGGUGGACAUGGUUGUACCACUGGACGGACUCAAGUCUGCCGUUGCCCUUGAAUGGUGCAGUGAAUCCGACUACAUUUACUGGACAGACGUAGGUCGGGGUAGCAUCAGCAGGGCAUAUCUCAAUGGCAGCGAACAAGCGACAAUAAUAUCAACGAAUCUUGUGGCUCCAGCUGGAAUUGCCAUUGAUUGGAUUACGGACAAAAUCUACUUCACGGAUUCAGGAACAGAUCGCAUCGAGGUGGCUUCUGUGGAUGGAAAGAAGCGCUCACUACUCGUGUGGCAGGGACUUGAUAAGCCACGAGAUAUUGUGGUGGAUCCAAUAAAUGCCAAGAUCAUGUUCUGGUCAGACUGGGGCGAAACACCACAAAUUGAGAAGGCAGGAAUGGAUGGAAUUGGACGGGAAAGUUUAGUCACCAGUGGACUUGUUUGGCCUAAUGGUUUAUCCGUUGAGAGAAAUCGUCUUUACUUUGUUGAUGGUGGCACAAAGGUCCUGGAGUACAUUAACUUUGACGGAACUGGAAGGAAGACGGUCAUUGGUUCAGGACUCCAUCAUCCUUUCGGCUUGGAUAUCAUGGGUAAUCGUGUCUACUGGAGUGACUGGGAAGCUUUUAGCGUUGAAUCAGCAGACAAGCGAACUGGGAAGGAUUUGAAAACAAUCAUCAGCAAUACCAGCGAUCUAAUGGACAUCAGAAUCUUCCACAGGAAUAGAGAAACAAUCUAUAGCGCCUGCAGUGUAGAUAAUGGUGGUUGUAGUCACCUCUGUCUGCUUAAUCCUUCAGCCAUGGGAUACUCAUGUGCAUGUCCGAUUGGCGUCAAACUCACGAGGGACAAUAGAACUUGCAGCGAAGCUCCGACAAACUUUAUCAUUUUUGCCCAUCGCAUUGACAUCCGGCAGAUUUCUCUGGAUAUGGAUUACCAGAUAGAUGUGGUGCUUCCCUUCCCUGGGCUUUCAAAUGUCGUAUCAAUUGAUGUGGAUCGCAAAACGGGCUACAUUUACUGGUCAGACACAGUGGAGGAUGUUAUCAUUCGCUCAUCUGUGGAUGGAAUGGAGGUUGAGCACAUAAUUGACGACAGCAUUGAUAGCGUCGAUGGUUUGGCUAUUGAUUCAAUUGGGAGGAAGAUUUACUGGACAGAUGCAGGAAGGCACACAAUUGAAGUUUCUGAGCUCAAUGGUAGCAACAGGGCAGUACUUGUGUGGCAGGAUUUGGAAUCACCACGCGGUAUAGCAAUCUUCUACGAAAGUGGUCUUCUUUUCUGGUCAGAUUUUGGCUCAAUCCCACGGAUUGAGAGGGCAGAAAUGAACGGGGAACGUCGUGUGAAGAUUGUUGAGUCAAAAAUUGGAUGGCCCAAUGCUCUAUCCGUGGAUGAAGUGGAGAAGAGAAUCUACUGGACUGAUGCUCAGUACAACACAAUUGAAUCAGCAGAUUUUGAUGGGAACUACCGGAAUAUCCUCCUUUCAGACCUUCCGCAUCCCUAUGGGUUAGCUAUUACGGAGAAUAAAAUCUACUGGACAGACUGGAAGAGUCAAGCACUUCAUGUUGCCCCCAAGAAGAAUGCAAAUGUAAGCAGGAUUCUCCUGGAGAAAUUGGAGGGAUUGAUGGAUGUCAAGGUGAUCAAGCAGGGUGUGGAUAUUUCGAAGAAUGUUUGCGGUGAAUUCAAUGGGAACUGCAGUCAUCUGUGCCUCCGGAAUGCAGCUACAUUCUCAUGCAAAUGCCCCACAGGGCUGAAAAUGAAGGCUGGAAGUGAUCGAGAGUGUGAAACUCUUCCACAGUCGUACCUCAUUGUCGCUUCCCGGAAUGGCAUUGGGCAGAUAUCUCUGGAAUCUUCGGAUUUCUUCGAUGUCAUGCUACCUAUUGAGGGUGUUCAUGGGGGUGUGGCUCUUGAUUAUCACUUCAACGAAUCCCGGCUCUUCUAUGCUGAUGUCAACAUUGACGUUAUCAAGUCCGUUAACUUGGAGAAUCCAUCGGAAACACGUACCAUCAUCACGGGUCUCAACAUUCCCAAUGGUUUAGCUGUGGAUUGGAUUGCAAAUAAUAUCUUUUGGACGGAUACGGGGCUGAAAGUGCUGGAGGUGGCAAAACUCGAUGGGUCUUUUAGGAAAGUUAUCCUCAAGGAGAAUCUCAAUGAUCCCCGAGCUAUGAUUGUCUAUCCAAAAUACGGCUACAUUUUCUUUGCUGACUGGGGCACUACGCCGGGACAUCCAGCACGUAUUGAACGCUGCUACAUGGAUGGUAGCUCCCGGAAGAGUAUCAUUGAUUCCAAUCUUGGCUUUCCCAACGGCUUGGCCAUUGAUUUUUCGAAGCACAAACUCUACUGGGCUGAUGCUCUUGAGGACAAGAUUGAAUCAUCAGAUUUGGAUGGAAAAAAUCGCCAUACGGUGGUUCCACAUGCAGUUCAUCCGUUUGGUGUAACAAUCUUCGAAUCAUACGUCUACUACACCGAUUGGUACAACAAGAGCAUCUUCCGGGCAUCCAUUCUCACCAAUUCAGGUGCCGAGGAAAUUCGCCACGGACUCCCUGGAGCCCUGGAGAUACGCUCAGUUGCCCAAUCGCGUCAACCCAACGACUACUCACCGUGUGGCAAUGAAAAUGGUGGCUGUACGCAUCUCUGCCUCCUCCGUGACAAAUCCUACGUGUGCGCGUGCCCAGAUCGGAUGCAGGGUGAAUGCAAGACUGAGCCACAAUUUUCCGUGCCCCUGAGGCGUCCGGGUGAACCAGAAGAGCCACCCGUGCACGAGGACUUUGACGAUGGACAUCGCUACCAAUUUCCCUUCGAGGUCAAGGAUAGUCAUGCUCAGGCUGUGGUCAUCGCCACGGCGGUUUUGUGUGUUAUCCUCAUCAUCGUUGUCAUUGCCAUUCUCGUGUUGGUGUUCAAUAGUCGCCGCAAGACUGAGAAUAGGACAACAAACAGCGGCAACAGGUUCAUGCUGACAUUCACAAAUCCCAACUACAACGGAGCGGAUCCACAUCACAAUGGGGAAUCAUCAGCAGAAUCCUCAGCGAGCUCCUCAAAGAGAAUUUGGAAGAGACUGAAAUACGAUAGAUCAUCGGAACAAGUUUACGAGGAGAAAUGUCUUGGAAAUCCAGAAGCUCCCAACACACUGAUGCCGUCAUCCCUUAAUAAUUACUAAAAGAAAAUUAAAAAAUAAAAGAAAAAAGAAACCAAAGACAAAAAA